AUGUUAUUCAACCAUGUUUAUAGCAUCAACGUCCCUGCCAGUGCCCUUUGUACCGUGGACCUCGAUGGCUCAAAGAAACCACAGACGUUCCCUCUGAAUGCGGCAGACCAACCCGUCUCUGAGCACACAGUCAAUGGAGAAAACCAAAUCGUCUUCACUCACCGCAUACACAUCCCUCGACAGGCCUGUGGCUGUGCAGACGACCUGCCAGUUUUAAAGCAGCUUUUGAAACGUUUGGAGAGACUUGAGGGAGAAGUUUCAGCGUUAAAACGACAAUGCAGCAGUGGCUCUCUAUGCAGUAAUAAUCAAACAGGGGAUGUGGGGACAAAGCCACACUGUAACGGCCAUGGAAACUUGAGUGCUGAGAUGCGAGGCUGUAUUUGUGAGCCAGGGUGGAAGGGACCCAACUGCAGCCAAUCAGAAUGUCCCCUGAACUGUGGAGACAAGGGCCGCUGCGUACAGGGGACGUGCGAGUGCUUCAAAGGGUUCUCUGGAGAAGAUUGUUCUGUAGUGACGUGUGCAGUGGACUGUGGAAUACACGGACAGUGUGUGGACGGUCAGUGUGUCUGCUCUGAAGGCUUCUCUGGAGAAGACUGCACUCAGACCAAAUGUCUUAACAACUGCUUUGGCCGUGGUUACUGCGUGGAUGGAGACUGUAUUUGUAAUCAUCCCUGGAGCGGAGUGGACUGCUCUGAAGUUACAUGCCCCAAUAACUGCUUCGAAAACGGCCGCUGUGUAAACGGGACUUGCGUUUGCGACGAGGGCUACGCAGGACUGUACUGUGGGGCACGCACUUGUUUGAACAAUUGCCACGGGAACGGUUUUUGUGUGGAGGGCAGGUGUGUUUGCACAGCGGGCUACAAUGGGGACGACUGCUCUCAGCUCACCUGCCUCAACGACUGCAGCGGCCGAGGCUCGUGCUUCAACGGUGUCUGCAUCUGCGACGUGGGCUACCAGGGAGAGGACUGCAGCCAGGUGGCGUGUAUGAACAACUGCAACACUCGCGGCCAGUGCAUUAAUGGACAAUGCUCAUGCGAUGUCGGUUUCCAAGGUGAAGACUGCUCUGAGCUGUCCUGUCCCAGCAGCUGCCACCACAGGGGGCGCUGCGUCAAUGGGCAGUGUGUCUGUCACGAAGGCCUCACCGGAGAGGACUGCAGCAUCAGGACCUGCCCCUCCAACUGCUUCAGUAGAGGCACUUGCGUUAAGGGUCACUGCAGAUGUUAUGCUGGUUAUAGUGGAGAGGACUGCAGCCAGCUGAGUUGUCCAAACAGCUGUAAACACCAAGGCCGCUGCGUCGACGGACAGUGUAUCUGCGAGGAUGGUUUCACCGGAGAGGACUGCGGCCAGAGAGCGUGUCCAAACGACUGCAUGAAGAGAGGAUACUGCCUUGAUGGAAGAUGCAUCUGCCAAGAAGGCUACUCUGGAGAUGACUGUUCUGCUCUCGUUUGUCCUGAGAACUGCAACAACAGGGGCCGCUGCAUCAAAGGGAAGUGUUCUUGUGAAAGUGGAUACGAGGGGGAAAGUUGUGCAACCAUAAGCUGCCUCAACAACUGCCACAACAAUGGCCAGUGUGUAGAUGGUCAGUGUCUCUGUGAGGAGGGGUUCACAGGAGACGACUGCUUAGGAGUGUCUCCAGCAAAGGACCUCACAGUGGUCAAUGUUACUCAGGAGUCUAUGGACCUCUCUUGGGCCAAUGACAUGUUGGUGACAGAGUACCUUGUGGCAUCCACCAGCUCUGGGGGCCUGUACCAGCAGUUCACCGUCCCUGGAGACCAAACGUCCGCCACAAUCAAAGAAUUGGAGCCGGGCGUCGAGUAUCUCAUUGAUGUUUAUGCUGUUUUAAGCAACAAAAAGAGUGUUCCAGUCAGUGCCAGGGCGGCGACUCUCCUGCCUCAACCAGAGGGUCUGAGAUUCACAUCAGUAAAAGAGACUUCAGUAGAAGUAACAUGGGACAAGUUAGAUCGCUCGUUUGAUGGCUGGGAGAUAUAUUUCCGCAACAUGGUUAGUGAACACAUGAAAGAGGAAAAUGGAAAAAUUGUGAAUACUGUUCCACCUUCACAAUUAGAGUUUGUCCAGUCAGGUCUUGGGCCAGGCCAGGAGUAUGAAGUUUCCAUUAACAUAAUUAAAAACAAUACAAGAGGACCUCAGACUUCCAGACGGGUGACAACAAGGAUCAAAGGUCCUCAGCAGCUCCAGGUGACGGAUGUGACGGCGUACUCUGCUCUCAUCAGCUGGUCUCAGCCUCUGCCUCCUGUAAACAGAGUCGUCAUGUCCUAUGCACCGACCUCCAACCUCUCAGACCAAAUCAGUGCAGAGAUCAUCUCUCCAGAUCAUCAAAGCAGCAUUGAAGCUCUAAAGCCAGACACUGAAUACACAGUCUCUCUUGUGCACACGUCAGGAAACGGCAGCAGCGAUCCUGUCACCACAACGUUCACUACAGCUUUGGAUGCUCCUAAAGAUCUUCACGCCGUCUCACAGUCUGACAGUAGCAUCACUGUGCAGUGGGUCAACAGUGAAGCCAAUGUAGGAAGCUAUCGGGUCAAGUACAGCCCCAUCUCUGGAGCCGCACACGGAGAAGAGCUGUUUCCACAAGGCUCCGGUGACUUCACAACUGCUACAGUCACUGGAUUGUUGCCAGGAACAGAGUAUGGCAUUGGAGUUACUGCAGUGAAGAAUGAGAGGGAAAGCAUCCCCGCUACCACAAAUGCUGACACAGACCUGGAUCCUCCUACAAGCUUUGAGAAGGCCGAGUCCACAGACACGUCGCUCACGCUGCAGUGGCAGAAACCUCAGGCCAAAGUGACGGGAUACAAGCUGCUGUAUGUCUCUGAUUACGGACAGUUUGACGAGUUUGAUCUGCCUGCCGGAGCUACCGUCUUUGAGGUUCCAAAUCUUUCUUCGGGAGUCACCUACACGUUCACUUUAUCAGCAGAGAGAGGUCCCAAGAAGAGUGCACCCGCCACUCUGUCAGCGUCCAUGGAAGAACUGAACUCUUUGGCACUAAACCUCACCCUGUCAGACAUUACGUGGGACAGCUUCACAGCGUCAUGGGGUUCCAUGGGGGAGGACUUUGACAGCUUUGUCUUAGAGGUAACCAACUUGGACAACAUGGCAGAGAGUCAGAACCUCACUUUGUCUGGAGGUGCUUUCAGUCUGGUCUUAUCUGGACUGACCCCCAACACCAGCUACAUGGUUGGACUGUAUGGGCUGUAUCAGGGUGCUUUCAUUGAACCUACGUACUCUGAGGCCACUACAGAGGGCAUCCCACAGUUGGGAGCCAUAGCUGCUUCUUCAGAGAGCCCACACAACCUCAGCUUGUCCUGGAAUAUACUUUCAGGCCAUUUUGACAGCUUUAUCCUCAGAGUGAGUGACUCUGAGCAGCACUCUGACCCACUGGAGUUUACUCUGCCUGGAGACGCUCGAAACAUUACCCUGUCUAAGCUGAUGGAUGCUACUGACUAUGAUAUUGAACUCCACUUUAACGUAGUAGUGACAGACUCGGGCUGGCUGCUGGAGCCUCAGGAGUUCAUGGUCCCAGGCGACCGCAGUCACCUGGACGUCUCUGGCCUCAUCACGGGGAUAGGAUACGAGGUGCGGCUGACGGGAGUGUCGGCCUCAGGGCUCCUCUCUCGACCUCUCACUGCAGUGGCUGCGACAGGUCUGGGAACUCCGCAGGGGCUUCAUUUCUCUGAAGUGACGGACUCUUCUGCUGUGGUUCACUGGGCCCAACCUCAGUCUCCAGUGGAUACUUACCACAUCACCUAUCAGCCGUUCGAAGGAGGAAGUCCACUGCUGCUAACUGUAGACGGCAGUGUGUUCGAGGCUUUACUGCCCAAUCUGACUCCUGGUAAAAUCUACCAAGUCACUGUGAAUGCUGUGAAGGGCCUGGAGGAGAGCGACUCCAGCUCGGACAUUGUGACCACUGCGUUGGACAGACCUGGCCACCUGACUGCAGUAAAUGUGACUGAUGUGUCUGCUACACUGCUGUGGCAGCCUUCUGUGGCCACUUUGGCUGAAUAUGUGAUCACUUACCGGAGUGAUACAGCUCCCCCGGUGGUGAUGAAUGUGACUGGCAACACAGUUGAGUUGGAGCUGGCGCCUCUGGCUCCAGCCACACACUACACUGUGACACUACAUGCUGUCAGAGAAGAUCAGAAAAGUGACCCUGCUGUCACAGAAUUCACCACUGACGUAGACCCUCCUCAGAACUUGACUUCUGUGAAUGUCCAGACGAACAGUGCAACACUGACCUGGGGCCAUCCCCAGGCUGCAGUCACAGGCUACACUCUGACCUUCUCUGCUGCUGAUGCCUCCAUCAGGGAGGUCGUGCUGAGCCCCACUGCCACAUCCUACACUAUGGAAGAGCUCACAGGCAACACUGAGUAUACUGUCCAACUGCUGGCCAUCGCUGGGACGCAGAAGAGUCGAGCUGUAAGCGCCAAUUUCACCACAGCUGGACAGCUGGACAAAUACCCAAAGGACUGUGCUCAGAUAUUCCUGAGUGGAGAGACAGCCUCUGGUCUAUACACCAUCUAUGUGGCCGGGGAGGAGAGCCAGCCUCUUCAGGUCUACUGCGACAUGACCACUGAUGGAGGCGGAUGGAUGGUUUUCCUGAGACGUCAAAAUGGAAAAUUGGAGUUCUUUAGAAACUGGAAGAAUUACACUGCAGGCUUCGGAAACAUGAACAAUGAGUUUUGGCUCGGGCUUUCCAACUUACAUAAAAUCACAUCCUCUGGACAUUAUGAGCUCCGUGUGGAUUUGAGAGACAGUGGGGAGUCCGCUUAUGCAGAGUACGACAAGUUCACCAUCGCAGAGCCACGAACGAGAUACAAGAUCUACGUCGGAGCGUACAGUGGGACAGCAGGUGACUCCAUGGUAUACCAUCAAGGGCGACCUUUUUCUACUUAUGACAACGAUAACGACAUCGCUGUCACCAACUGCGCCCUGUCCUAUAAGGGCGCUUUCUGGUAUAAAAACUGUCAUCGCGUCAACCUCAUGGGAAAGUAUGGCGACGGCACUCACAGCAAGGGUAUAAACUGGUUCCACUGGAAAGGCCAUGAACACUCAAUUGAAUUUUCUGAGAUGAAAAUCAGACCAGCCACCUUCAGAAGCGUCGUACCCCGAAAGAAACGGUCUUAA